AUGCCUACAACAAGACGAUCGGCGGCCAGCGCCCGGGGCCGCCCUGGUCCUGCCAAGGGACAGUCGACAAUCAGCUUCUCGGGCAAGGUUACAAAGGCCGUGCCCAAGGAUUUGAAGAAGGCGGCAGUAGAUGCGCCUACGAUUGCUAGAACUACCAUCCCCGAGCGGCCAGCGGCCAAAGACGAAGUUCGCAAAGAAGAAGAGGAAGCCGUUAAUGUCGCUGCAGAAGAACCAAAGGUUGUUGAACCAGAGCAAGAGGAGGAAGUGGAAGAGAUUGUUGAACAAGUUGCAGAGAAAUCAGAGGCCGAGUUGAAAGCUGAAAAGAUUACUGAUACCCAGAUCAAAUCAUACUGGAAAGGGAUUGAGAAGCAGCGCAAGGCACCUCGAGUCCACCAGCAAGAUCUCGACUUGGGCGAGAAAGUGCUUAGAUACUUUGACGUGAGCUCGCAGUACGGACCUUGUAUUGGAACGACUCGCUUGAAGAGGUGGCAGCGGGCUGAGCGACUGGGUCUGAAUCCUCCGAUUGAAGUUUUGGCAGUGCUUGUAAAAGAGGAAAAUAGGAACAACGAUGAGGUGGAAACCGCCCACAUGGAUCGGAUAAUGAAUGCUACGGCCCUGUUCACAUAG